AUGCGAGAGCCCUCUGAGAAGUCCAAGAAGGCGAAGAAAGCUAAGCUGGGAGAAUCAUCUGGAUCAAGACCCCCAGUUCCUCUGGUUAUCUCUCAAGGUAAGUCUGUAUCUCUCCCUCCCUCUGUCAAAAUUAAACCUAUUGCUUCUUCUCUUCCCCAAACAACCCCUAUAUACACCUCUGCUGAAACUCCUCCCUCAACCAUCAGAACUUCUAACCCACCAUCUCUGAAAUUCAACCUCGCCACAACAACCUUACCUGCUUCAGAAGCAGAAAUGUUGAAUGAAACCACCUCACCAUCAUCAUCACCAUCUCCUCAAUCCCCACCUUACUACGAACUCUCAUCUGGUAAUGAACCAUCUGACCCUCAAUCCCCCACUCUGGCUCAGCUCCAAGACCGUGCUCUGGCCUCUCAAAAGCCAUCACAUCCUGAUCCCGAACCUGAAGUCACUUCCCCACCUUCAGAACAUCCAAAUCCAACCACAUCUGAACCACAACCAUCAGAACCAACCUAUUCUGACAUAUCACCACCCAUCACUUCCGCUAACCCAACAACUCCCAUACUUAAUCUAAGUGCCCCCAUCUCACCCUCCUCACCCCCCAAGCCUCUACCAAGGAACCAGAAACUACCAUUCCUACCCUUGAAGAAGCAAUCAAGGUUUUUGCAGAGUCUUUAG